CCGGAACAUCGUGUAUAUAACCCAAGCCGGAUUUGUUGAGGUGCCCACGUAGCCAAGUGCCUUCACCACCCAACCCACACUCCAUCGUCCGUCGCUGGCAAACGCACCUCUGGUCAUCAGGAUGCAUCCGCUGAGUAGCAAGACGAGUCAGCAGCAGCAACAGCAGCAGCAGCAGCAGUUGCCACCCCCUGUGCCGCCCUUCUCUCUCCCACGGCCCUCCUACCCGCCUAGUUAUGAGCAUGAAUAUGAGGAUGAGUGGAGGUACGGGCGUGGGCGUCAGAGGCACUACGCCCGUGACGCAGCAAUGCGGGCGUACUACGAUAUCUGGCGACGACGAUACAACGAGAUGCCUGCAGAUCCAGCUCAAAACUACGCCUCCCAGUCCCACUACACUGGCGUCCCAGCUGAUAUCCUGAGGGUGGAACACGUUGAUUUCCGACCCCAGGAGAACGCCAAGGACCACCGCACCUUCCAGUAUGAACUCGUCCAGGACUUCGAUCGUCCCAGCCCCGUCUACCGCAGGGGUCAAGCCUUCCACCUCUCCUUGGUGACUCGCGAGAGGGAGUUUGACUGCACCAGGGACCACCUCUACCUCAACUUUUACUUCGGACCACAACCAUCAGUGCCCAAGAGGACGAGGGUAGUGCUGCCUGUUACCAUCCAGAAGGAGUUCACACGAACCCCUCAGAAGUGGGACGUCCGUAUCCAGGCGCAGGAGGGGAACACCCUCACACUACAGGUACACAUCCCCGCGACCUGCCAGGUGGGAGUGUGGCGUUGUGUGGUGGAGACGGCAACCAAGAACUACCCGAGGAACAGGACUCAGUACCGCGCUCCUGAGGACGUUUUCGUCAUCUUCAACCCCUUCUCUAGAGAGGACGCAGUGUACUUGGAGAACGAGGCUCAGCGUACUGAGUAUGUGAUGACCGAGAGCGGCAAGGUGUACCGUGGAGGUUCCCGCAACACUCAAGGACGACCUUGGGUCUUCGGUCAGUUCGAUGACUGCGUCCUGCCUGCUGCUUGUCUCCUGCUCGAGAUGUCUGGCCUCACGCACACUGAGAGAGGCAACCCUGUCAAGGUGGCCAAGGCUCUAAGUUCCAUGAUCCAGGCGUCUCGUAGGCGUCGAGACCACGAUGAUGAGAACUGGGAAGGACUCUUGGAGCCCCACUACGAGGACGAGUACCGUGGGGGCCAGAACCCCCACCUGUGGACCGGCUCCGUCAAGAUCAUCCAAGAGUUCCUCUUGAACGGUGCCACCCCCGUCAAGUACGGUCACUGCUGGGUGAUGGCUUGCCUCAUGACGACGGUGUGCCGUGCCCUGGGUUUGCCUGCCCGACCCACUACCGCCCUCACCGCCGCCCAUGAGACACAAGAAACACUCACCAUCGACCGAUACAUCGACCGCUUUGGUGACCUGAUCGAGCGGGGUCCUGGACGCGACCAGCCAGACUCUCUGUGGGCCUUCCAUACCUGGUGCGAUGUUUGGAUGUCUCGUCCAGAUCUUCCCUCAGGCUAUUCUGGAUGGCAGACGACAGAUCCAUCUCGCGCCUACCACUUCAAGUUCUCCAGUGGGUGUGGUCCCUCCUCGACGGAGGCUGUGAAGAGAGGAGAUGUCGGGUUCUCCCAAAGCACCAGCGCCUUCUUCUCUGCCCUCAACACCUUCGUCAGAUACUACUACGAGGACGACGAAUCCGAGUGGGGCUACACCCCGUAUAUGCAGCACAGGUUGCCUGUGUGUCGCUCCGUCGUGACGAAGGCUGUGGGGCGUCACGAUGACGACGGUGACGCAGAUUGCGAGGACGUCACCAAGGUGUACCGGGACCUGGAGCGCUCAGAGCCUGAGAGAUUCACAGUCUUCAACGCCUGCAGGGGCAUGAGGAAAGAUCACGUCUACUUCGACUAUCAGGAUCAGGGGAGCUACGACGUUGAGUUCGAGUUGCAGGAGCCGAAGCAAGUGAGCGCCGGCCAGAGCAUCACCGUUACCCUUCAGGUCCACAACAACACUUCUGAGACUCGCACCGUCCAGGCUAACAUCUCCACCAGGAGCUUUUUCUAUACCGGGGUGUUGGGGACGCACCUCAAGAGGGUGACGGGACAGUUCACCCUCGCCGGGGGCCAGAAGGACACUCUCACCCUCAAAGUGGACGCCUCCGAGUACCAGGACCGCCUCGUUGAUAUGGGCUUCAUUAAGAUCACCGCUACAGGUCACGUCUCCGAGAACAAACAGUCUUACAUCGAUGAGUUCGACUUCCAGUUUGAAAAACCCAAGUUAAUCAUCGAGGUGCCCGAGUGCCAGGUGGGACAGGAGUGCACAGCCACCUUCACCUUCAGCAACCCACUAGACGUGCCUCUCACAGACUGCUUCUUCAGCAUGGAGAUCGGAGGCGCCUACAGGCCCAGGACCAUCAGGGUGAAUCGUGAGGUCCGUCCAAGGGAAACCUUCACUUACAGCCAGACCUUCGUGCCUCGCAAGUCUGGUGACCACCGCCUAGUGGCCUCCUUUUCCUCUCACCAGCUCCAUGACGUUACGGGGUCCCGCAAGUUAACCAUCCGAGACUAGAUUUCUCUCUUCUAAACCUCUUCCUUCUUACCCUCCGCCCUUCGUUAUGUUGAGACAGAUACGUGUGAAACCAAAGCGUGCAUUUGGAGGUAGCGAACGCGUAAACUACAGAUAAAAAAUUAUUGAAAGAGCGUGAGAGCACAUGUAGAAAAUCUCACUGGAAUAGGACUUACCUCAAAGAAUAAAUAAGAUCUCUCUAAGGGAAGCAAAAUGACAAAAGAUAGAACCAGUGCCGCGGGAGAAGUUACUUUUGUGUGGAAGCUGUCCAAACAAACACAAACUAAUAUAAGAACCACGCUUGAGUUGUGGGGCUGACCAGCGACAUGAGGCGUGGUGGGCGAGAGACUAGAAGAAUGCCGAGUUAUUGAGGGGGGGAGGGAGAAAGAAUGCUACAUGUGCUCAGGGAAAGCACACGUGUACAAUAAUAAGGAUGAAUUUCAUCUUCUACUGUUGUGACUCAAGGCAGAAUCACUUCCCACAGGCAUAACUACUUACUGCUCCUCCUCCGUUUGUGAGCCAUGGACGGCUGAAUGAUAUGCUGAGUGAAAGAAAUCACUUGUAAUUUUACUGUUACUAAAUGUUGAACAGUAAAGAAGUAUACUAUCAACAACCUUCAAAUAAAAGGUAACCACGCAGUAUUUUUAAGAAUAUAUACUGUUUAAACACCAAAUUCACUUCUCCGUAAAGAGUAUUGUUACGAUUUGCUCGAAGGGGCCUGUGGUUGAAGAUUCGAGAAAUAAUUUAAAAUCACCAACACAUUCCAUAGACCUAAACAACUGCACAGGGAAAGACGAUGUUCCAUUGUCUGCACUGCAUAAGAACAGUGAUGAAGACAAUAAAGCCACACACUGUACACAAAUAACCUGCACAUAGGAAACAAGUUAAUGGUGUGAUUAGUUUAUGGCACAAGUCUGACCGAACCGUCAGUCUCGCAUGUGCGAGUUAUUUGUGUAUUGUUGAACUUGCGGUAUUGUGCCUUUAUAUUCUUCAAAAUAAAACCAUCUUGAUAUGUGGUGGCUUUACGGUUUCCACUUGCCUGUUGCUAUCGGAGGGAGAAUGAAACAAUCGGUAUCCUUGACAGAACCCGAGAAUGGUGUCCACAAGCCUCUCACAAGACCCCACUUCUCCGAAAUUACAAUGAAAACGACAAAGCAAACGUAUAAAUCACGGUUACCAUCGCCAUAAUUCACAAAGGCGACGACUACACGCAAGUUACUGGAUAUCUCAAUCUUGGUUAGUUUUCUUUUAAAGUACAGCAGCCUCCAUGCGUAGAAAAUGGUUACUUUCUAGAGCCUCAUUAGCUUUUGCAACUAAAAAAUAAAAAAAAAUGUAAAAUGGAUCUUGAAAGCUUGGAGAUAUGGCUAUGGGGAUGUUCAUCUUGUGCUGCUUCUGAAGAUGAAACUAAGUACCAUAAAACUUAACAGCAACAGAAGUGGCUUCAAUACUGUUAGCGUUUUUGUUAUUUACUUAUUUUCUCGGGCGGUCAGUUUUCAGCGAGUAACCUUCCCAUGAGCCCCCAUAUCUCUGAUCAAAGAUAACAAAAUAAUUAUGAUAAGUCUUGGUGUUUGUGGUAUUAACAUAAUGGUUGUGGGUCGAUAGUUUUGAAUUAUCAUCAUGAAACUGAUUGAUGAACUAAAGAAAAAUAUACGAGCAUUUUAUUAGCCUGAGAGCACAUUUUUUCCCUGGCCUUGAGUUAUAUAUGCUUCUGCUUCACAUAUCACUGAAGGUGACACCACAAUGAUCUUCAGAUGGUGAAGUGUAAACAGAGACAUGCAAAUAAAGAUCUUCUUCAGCAGUA